AUGAUUGGUAUUAUGAAUUGCGGAGAUGACAGUGUCGAGUUCUACGCCUCGGCUCGACAAUCGUCUCUCUAUCGGCAUCCACCAAUUAAACAAAAAAGAACUUAUACAGCUGAUGGUCGUGUGUUCAUUGAUGGAAUUCCAUUGACAACCGAGCCUCCAGCUGAGCAAAAAUGGCACGAUUUGAUCUCGAAAAUUAUGGCGAUGAGAUUGAUGAAGAUCGAUUCAAUGGAACAGCAAGGUCCAAUGGCUGCUAUUCGUCGUCUCUCGACAAAGCUCAAAUUGACGAAAACUCUCUCGAACAGUUCUACAGAUGAAGCUAUUCUAAUGACAGAUCUCCACGAUCAAGUCAGAGAUCGAAAAGGACAUGGAGCACGACGCAACUACACAGAUAUGAAAUCGCACAGCCGUCACCCAGUCAACCGUAAUCGUGCAAUCUCAGCUCCACCAAGGCGAAAAUCGGAGUCGUCAGCGGAUGAUGGGAAUCACUUUGUCACUCGAAUCGACAUCGAGCCUGGCGUCUCUCGUCCACACAUCCAGCACGACGUUCACGUUGGCACUUGGCAGCACAGUCUUCUCAAUGCCGUUUUUGCAGAGGGUGAUGAAAGAGAAGAAAGAGAUAGCGGAAGGGAUAGUAUGAGAAGUGAUUCACCACCAAUUACACAAGCACAUUUGAGAACACUCAAGAAACCCCUUGGACAGAGUUACAGUCUUGUUGAUCGUUGC